UGCAAACAUGGCAGCUCCCAGGCUCCCAGCUGUCGAGUCGUCUGCGUACAGGUUGGGCUGAGGUUGGGUGGCUUACGUGACUCAGACGUGACUUUCGACACUAGCAGUAUCCCUAGCAGCGGUGUUCGCUCGCUGCUAACAAAGUUUUGGAUAAGUCGCAAUCGAACUCGAGAGGGAUGCUCGCGAGAUACGCGCGCUGUAUCCGCGCUACCAUCGCCAGUACGCAAUCAAGGGCAGCGUCCAGCGGGGACACGAACCAGCUCCGCCUGUCCGACGCCUGCGUAGACAAGCUGCGCAAGACGGCCACGGGGGGUCAGGCCCUGCGAGUGUCCGUGGAAGGCGGUGGCUGCUCUGGCUUCCAGUACAACUUCACCUUGGACGCCCAAGCGCCGCAUCCCGAUGACACCUUGAUCGAGCGCGAUGGCGCAAGAGUACUCGUGGACGCGGCGUCGCUAGAACUGCUGCGUGGCGCCACCGUCGAUUACCACGAGGAGCUCAUACGCUCCUCGUUCCGCAUUGUGCAGAAUCCGCAGGCGGAGAAAGGCUGUUCUUGCGGUGCCUCGUUCGCCAUCAAGCUUUAGGAC